AUGCUUACUCACCCGCCGGGAACGGACACCCAGACGCCCGAUGCUGACCGGCAAAAAGGCGGGGACAACACGCGCGAUACAAGGUCAUCUGCACAGGGGUGGAACGUCGGUGGCAGUGGCGUUCCCGUCGACGACCAGCCAGACGACUUGAUUAAGAGACUACGAGAUCCAUCGGUGCGUCGAGAUUUCCGAACUCUAACCAUAUUCGGACCUCACGGCGUGGGAUGUCAGAUCACAGGAAAGGACGCUCUUACUAUUGCGGACGGGAAGUAUAUUGCCGACACCAUAGUCGAUUUCCACAACAUACUUCUUACCAUCAGACAUCCUAAACUGAAAGAUGGGAAGACGUGGUUUACACUGGACACCAAGUCGUUUGUAUACGCAACGGUUCUGGACAGGACCUGGCCGAUGGGAGGGUCACCAUGUAUUUUCGAUGUGGAUAACGUGGCCAUUCCAAUCAUUGCCAGGAGACAUUUCUCGCUGGUGGUCGCUCUUAACCUCGCAGCAAUGUUAUCAGGGAAACGAGCUGACCGCGUGACGGAAGGUGUCAAGCUUGUGCACUACGACAGUGAUGGCAUGCACGCCAGGGACGCAACUAUCAUCGAUGGUGUGAGGAAGACACUUUUCAUGAUCCACGAGGCGCAGCUGCCCACGGACGACCCUGUCAAAGCUGCUGCUAAACUCCGGGAAGUAGAGCACAUAGUCAUACCGAAAGAAGGGAGUCCACAGCAGAGCAACGACAAGGACUGCGGGGUUUUUGUGUGCAUGUACAUGAAAUACCUCGUAAGGUCGGACUUCGCCACGGUUCGCAUGUGGGUGUCAUGUGACGGUGUCACGGCCAAGGACUUUCGGCGCGGCAUGCGCGCAGAUGUGUGCAGUCUCGCCACUGGGGAAUUGAUGAUGCAACUGCUACUGGAGGAGAUUGACGUGCCCCUUCAGCCCAUUCCAUUGGUGGGAGACCAGGGUGUACUGAUGUUCCCAAAGGAUGAUGACGUGCGCCUGGAGCUGGCACGGAUGUCGCGUGAGCGUACCAACCUGGAGCUGGGAGGGUUCGUGUUGGCCUCAGCGGUCACGAGCAUCGCAAAGGCACUGGGUACUGGACGUCAGAUUCGUCUGGGUGCAUAUCAGAGGGAGGAGGACGCGGCGUACGCGUACGCCGCAGGAGCAUUCGUGAUACGGAGGAAGGACACCUUUCCCAAGGUCAUGGAACUUACAGCGGGCGAGAUGGCAGCACUGGAGGGGUGCAUUGAGGAUGACGUACGACACCUCGUGCAUAAACGGCAGUGGUAUCGGUGGAGGGAAUGGCGGAAGGCAAUGGAUGACAUAGGGAUCAAGCCUGGAACACCAUUUGAGCUGGAGAAGGGUGGCAAGUCGAGCUCACAGGCGCGCCGACGGGGCUGUAGUAUGGAUGCAGCAGGGGAGCCGGCCACUGCGGACGGGGAGAGCGUAGAAGUGUCCCCUGGGGAAGGGUCUGAUGCCACCUCCCCGGAGCCCAAUCAGGCAGACGCACGUGAGGGCGAGAGCUCAUCGUCGCGUGAUACAGUCGCGAAGAAUAGGCGGAAGGAGAGCCCUUCGUCGUCUGUUGGGAAUGGGCGUUCGGCGAGGAACGAGAAGCAUGGCAAGGUAUCGGACCUGCCUGAAACGGAGGAACAGCCCGAAGCGCCACCGGAGGAACCGGAGCCCGAGUCGUCUGACGACAACCCGAACGAAGCGCUUCCUCGUGUCAAUGCUGCUGCCGACGACGACGCGGAGGAGACUAAUGAGGAACGAUCCAACUCGGCCCCUGUUACCAGGGAGGAGUUUGACGCUAUGCGCAAAACCCAGAAAGACACGGCUGCGACGCUUGCAAGGCUCGAGAAGGCGCUGCUGGCGUCGCUUGCAAAUCACACCGCAACGCAAGCGGGACAAUGCUCGCGGGGUGUUCGAAAGGGCUCCGACCGGAAGAAAGGCUCGUCGCGUCGCCACGCCAGAGGAGUCCGACCUGGACGAGGACGAGGUGGAGGAGGACCACUGGCGGCACAUGCGAUCGUCCACGUCGCCUGUUCUCCAGCGCGCGUUGAAGUUUCUGCCGUCGAACAAAGGAUGGAAGGCACGUACAGCUUGGGUGCUCUGAUGGUUUGCGAGCAGUUGCGCGUGCAUCUGUUCAUAUCGGUGGACAGCAAGUCCAUGACGUUCUACCCGAGCAGCGCGGCAAAGACGACAGCUCUGUGCGCCGUCUUCGAGAGCCUGCCCUUCCCAUUCGCUAGCCUGGCUCUGGCGGCCGACAAGGCUAGGCGUUGUGACCUCAACCGCACCCUGAGUGAUUGGAAGACAGCGGCGGCUGGACGCGUGCGCGACAUUGUGCUGCCGAAACUCGGGCUUUUCCGCGACGAGCGGGACGAGCAAAGCCCGUGGGCGGCUCCUAGGGCGCGUUCGGCGGCGAGGGUCCGGGAGCGUCUUGCUCUGACGCUCGAUGGAGAAGACGUGUUCGCUAUAUCCAAGUGGAGCGCGGACCGCCACGGCAUGCCUUUUGCGUCCGGUGCAUUCGCGGCCUGUGCCCGUUCAGCGUUCAAGCCGUGGAUGAUCAACGGCACCGUGACGCUGAAGCUGUACCACAUGGCGUGGCUCGAGCACGUGGUGACCGAUGCCAUCCGCUUCUGGGAGACCCGCAAGGGCAGGCUGUCCAACUCUGCGGGUGUCAACUCGCAGAUCGUGGACGGCCUCCGCGAGUGCGCCCUGACGGAAGUCAUGGCGGCUGACGAUUAG